UGGUUUCCAUAAAAGAAAACAACACGAAGAAGAAUAUUCGAAAUAAACAUGCUAAGUUGUAUCCCGAUGAUUGCACAAUAACAACAUUAAAGGAGCGCCAGAAGUUAGCUUUAUGGUGAUUCAGUUUCUCAGCAAUGAAAGGAAGUAUGAAGCGAAAGGUACUAACAUCUGGAAAGCUGACAGGUGGAGGAGCCAGGGUACAACAGGCGAGGAAACGGUUGCCAGUCUGCACUCGGGGCUGGAUCGUUGCGCUGUUCUGCUCUCUGGCAUGCUCCAGGUGGACAAGGAAGAACCUUUGAGACAACCUCUCAAAACAGUGGACAGUGGUGCUGCCAAACCAAAACCGUCCACCGGACCGGGGAAAAAGACCAGCAAGAAAUUCCCUCCAACAACAGAACGCAGUUCUACUAAGGUCCCGAGAGCAAAAGAUGGUCCUCCAAUGUCACAGUUGGGAGUGAAGGCGGCGCCCACCCUCCAGCAGUCUCACUUAAUUCCAUCCUUGAGACCGUCUCAACCGCUUCCCGGGUCUGCCCCCUCCCAGCCCUUGACCUCCGUCCUUCUGUCUGUGACCCAGUCUGAGUCCGCGCUCCGCUCCGCCCACCCCUCAAGUCAACGGACUCUUGCUCAGACCGCCUGCCAAUCAGUUGGCGGUUACCUCACGGCCUCUUUUAAUGGCAAAGAUGUUGAUUCUGUGCCUGUGAAAGACACAGACGACCAAAGUGCAACGCGCUUGAGUGCGCACGCCUACAAUACGAAGUUUAAUCCUGGUCCGCCGUAUGACACCCACCGUGACAUACAUAGCGAGGAUGACGUUAGUGCAGAAAAACUACGGACUGUUCAGUAUCUUCUUGGAGAGCUCAAGGCGUUGAUAGCUGGCAAAGGCAGUAUUGCGGAGCAGCUGCUCAGUCAUCUGGAGACGACCGUGUCCUCGCCGCAGUUGAUCUCCAAAGGUUUCGACCCUGAGAAAUCUGCAGACCUGCAGACUCUGCGCAACUUGAACGCCCAGCUUCACAGACGAGUGGCGUUUCUCAACAAACAGUUAAAGGAGAGGGAGAGACAACAAAAUACCGAAACCCUGUGUAACUCACAAGUGCUCAGUCUUCCAGAGGAUCUCUCUGCUGCUCAAUACCGCCUGCAGGAGCUGAAAGUUGUUCUCGCUGAAGCGCGGAAAUCUCUUCUGGACACGAAGAAACAAUUGCGCGACAGCGAGGCACUGAAUGCGCUGAUGAAAUCAGAUUUGGAGACCAUGAGAAUCAAAUUUGUCCACAGUGAGCAGGUACAGAGGGAACUGGCCUCACUUGCCCAGCAAAGACUGGAAGAGAUAGAAAACCUGAAGAGAAUGAUUAGGAGUGGCGACGUGUAUGAGUGCGAUAGAGUUGUUGACCUUGCGACAUCUGACGCAGCACUCAAGGAGCACUAUGAUGACCACAGCGGCGCCACUGAACGCAUCACGAAAUACCUGAUGACUCUGGGCCAACCGGAGGCAUCGUGCAGCCGUGCUAAUGUACACAUGGCUGCAGAAAGGGAAGAGAAAACACCAGAUGAAACGAAAAUGACCCCGCUAGAAAAAACGCCCUCUCAACCCUACCAUCAUCGUAACCAGACACACAGUGAAGGUUUCGCGGGAGUACAAUUAUCGGAGCAGCAGACGGGUGAAGAGCGCCGGCAGCUGUUUGACUCGUUCCUUUCUGAGGGCAAGAUGGAAACUCUGUCACCUGACUGUAGCAUGAGGUCAGUUUCAACCUUUGACACCAGAGAUGAGGCAGCGUUUCGAGACGGAUUGGCCGCUCUGGAUGCCAGCAUAGCUAAUCUGCAAAAAACAAUCAAACAGGAUUUAGGGAGAUGAUUCAAUGGUUUUACGUGCCCGUCCCAAUUUUGAGUUUGGUUCCUACUCCGUGUUUGUGUGAACGUGAAUGAGAGCUUGUUGCUUUCUGUACUCUGCCAUUGACUGGCGACCAGUCCAGGGUGUAGUUCGUCUAUCGCCUUAUGUGAGCUUGCAUUGGCUCCAGGUCCCCACAACCCUGAUCAGAAUAGAUGGAAGAUGUUGGAAUGGUUUUCAGAUGUGUUUUUUUUUUAAUCCUUUGUAAUAUGACACUUAAGAUGGCCAAUAAAAGUUAUUUUGAG